AUGGAAUGUCUGAAGGUCAAGCGAGGAGCGCGACGUGGACAGUCAACGAAGAUUAUCAAUGAGGCGACGGCUGCCCUCGCAGACACGGGAACUACGGCACAUACGUACAAGUCACUGUUGGAGAGACUUCUUACGACCAGCAGAGAAAUCGGUCAACUCGACACGGAGCUGGAAGCGUUGGUGGCGACUGAGAGCCUCGCUGAAGAGUACGCUAUGGUCCUGGAAUACGAGGAUGCAGCGCUGUUGAAGGCGAAGAUUGCGGAGUUAACGGAAGGUGACCGCAGAAGGUGUCCUGCGGCCUCUGCAGUAACCGAAGGGGGAACGAGCGGUAGGUCAAAGAGUAUAAAGCUACCCAAGCUACAGCUACAGACCUUCCGUGGAGAUUUGGAUCGAUGGCUCCCUUUCUGGGAACAAUUCUGCGAAGCGGUGCACGAAAACGACGAUCUCACAAAAAGUGAGAAAUUUCAAUACCUGCGGACGCUCUUGUCUGGACCACCCGCUGCUGCUAUAGCUGGUCUGCAAGCUUCGGAGGCGUGCUACGAGGACGCUGUCAAGAUACUAACCCGUCGAUUUGGUGACCAGAAAAGGAUCACCCAGGACCACCUUGCGAAGCUCCGGACCCUCCCAGCGGUGACGUCACCAAGUGAUGUCAGAGGACUUCGACGACUGUACGAUCACACGCAGGCUCAUAUCCGUGGUCUGCGAGCUCUGGGAGUUGUCAACUCAGCGUACGCUGCUUUGCUGGUGGGCAUCCUUCUCAAGGCACUACCCAGCGACAUCACACUGGAGUACUAUCGCCUAUCAGCACGUGCAACAACAGCAGCCGCUGUUCAACAGGACAGUGCGUCGGGAGAUGGUCAACGAGAAGUUCAGCGCGAGACCUCGUACACAGAAAAGGAGUUAGAGAGAGUACUGGACUUCCUGCGUAUCGAAGUGGAAAGCCGUGAGAAGUCCGGUAUGGUCAGCACGAACAGAGACGGGCCACCCAGAGGUGGAACCCUGAGAAAGAACCUGCGGAAAGAGAAGAACGUCCCAGCCGCGGCCGUACUGCAGUCAUUAGCGAAAGCCACGUCAAAGUGUAUCUUCUGCGACUCGGAAGAGCACAGCAGUGGAGAUUGCAACACACCCAUAGAACGUGAACGAAAGAAGAAGGUGCUCGCGACGGCCGGCCGCUGCUUCAGGUGUACCGUCAAGGGGCACCGAGCUAAGGACUGUAGGCGGAAAGUCACAUGCUUAACAUGCAAGAGGAAACACGUGACCUCCAUGUGCGACCCUAAAUUGUCGGGAAGCUCGUCAACGAAAGCGAAAGAAGUUGACACAGUUGCCAUGCCCGCAGCAAGCUCCGAUCGAGACAGGGUCAGUGCCACGGUACUUUUGCAGGCGUUCCGCUCAUGGGUCAUCGCUGGCAAUCAAUCCGCAUAUAUCCGAAGCAUUUUCGACGGCGGCAGUCAGAAAACGUUCGUUCGAGAAGAUGUGUCACGGCAGCUGGGGCUACCGGUACUGGAUGAAGUAACCGUGCGACUGAACACAUUUGGGGACCCAGAAACGUCAGUAAGUUCACACAGAAGAAGACUGGUCCAGCUGCGUUUGCGGAGCCAGUACGAUCAGAAAGAGCAUCUGAUUGAAGCCGUAGAAAUUCCUUUCAUCUGUAAGGACCUGGCAGACACCACGGCAAAUGACAGCUUCGUGGACGCCAUCAGAAGGGAGGGCGGUUCCAUUGCCGACGAAAUGUUCCUCCCAGGAGCGAAAGCCGAAGCAGGAAUCUCUCUUCUGAUUGGAGCGGAUCAGAUGUGGAGGUUCCUAAAGUCCGAUGUGCGACGGUCAGGUGCAGACGACCGUACGGUUGCUGUGAACACGCAGUUAGGCUGGACGUUCCAAGGUCACACCGCUGUCCUGUCGUCAGUCACCGGAGAUGUCACGCUUACCUGCGCGUUACACGUGGAGGCAAGCACCGAGGAAAGGCUGUUUGAUCUCCGAAUGUUCUGGGAGCUGGAUGGUCUUGGGAUAACAGACGGCGCAAAUGACCAGCGCUCAGAGGACGACGCUGUGUGGCUACAUUUCCAGGACACCAUCCAAAAGGAGGACGACCGAUAUAAAGUGAGUUUGCCGUGGAAGACUGGCAGUGCCACGCUGAGGGACAACCGGGGAGUGGCUGAGCGUAGGCUGAGAAGCCUGAUGAAGAAACUUCGUUCAAACAAUGCUCUUCUGCUGGAAUACGAUUGUGCGAUGAGAAAAUACCUCAACGACGGACAUGCAGAGGUAGUUACCGAAGCGGAGUAA